AUGGCUGGAGAAACCCCGCCCUUACCUGCCCUUCGCGAUCGUCGUGACUGGAGUCCCUGGUCAUCGUCGCUUCUUGCGUAUUGUCAAGUAUACCGCACCAAUAUUCAGGGCAAUCCAGUGCGAUUUACGAAUUCCGACAACGAGUUGAUGUAUUUGAUGACUCUCGGUCCGCCAGAGGCCUUGUACGACUUGAUGUACAACUCCCUGUCCACCGAGAUCAUCGACGGCCUCAGGCAUUGUGGCUCUACUUUCCCCGCCAGAAACGAUCCGAAUAAACUACUCGAACUCAUCAAGAGAUUCCUCGCCCCAUCGAUUUCGCAGAGAGCCAUCCACGUCUUGAGCCUGGUUUCGUCACCCUUUCGCAUCUACCAAUCCAGAAAAGACUUCGCCUCGUUCGCGAAGCUGGUCAAGAUCGCCGCUGUUGAGGAUUCAACGACGCCAAAUGAGAUUCUGGCCCUGCUUCUAUACAGAGGUAUGGAGGUGUACGACCCUGCGCUGGUUCCGAACGAGCUGGGCGACAGCAGGGCUAUAUCGUGGGAUGGCCUCAUCGCAAUACUCGAAAACUAG